UCAUAAGUUGCGAGGGUCGCGAGCUCUUCAGAUAAUAUCAGCUAUAUAAAGGAUAUAUCAACGUGGUUAUAUAACUGUUAUUCGUCGAUAUUGAGUCCUCAGGCCUAAAAUCAAAAAAAUGGGCAAAUCAAUCUACUUCUACGACCCUUCACUCGCCGCUUCGAUCCUUUUUACCGUCCUAUAUGUCCUCCCAUUCGCCUACCACCUAUACAUGUCCACCAUCGCUCCCUACACGGGAAAAUACCACCGAAUAGGAUACUUCAUCCCUAUGGUGGUCGGCGCUGCAACAGAAGUAGGCGCAUACGCCGUCAGGGCCGCGAGCGUCAAAAAGCAAGACGAUGUUGGAUUAUACGCCACCUCCUCGUCUUUAAUCGUGAUAGCUCCAGUGCUCGUUUGCGCGAGUCUCUAUAUUUUGAUUGGAAGAUUGAUCCAAUCGGGCGGCCGGACUCCCAACCCUGAUAGCGAGACGAAAGAACCGUUGCUGCUGUUCGGGAAGUUCUCUCCGUCUUGGAUUCCGCGCAUCUUUGUCACAUCGGAUGUCAUCAGUUUCCUGACGCAGGCGGCUGGAAGCGGGAUCGCUUCAUCGAAUAAUUGGCAAGGUUCCCAGAAAGACGCUGGCGUUGGGAUCCUCAUUGCAGGACUGGUAUUGCAGCUCGUGACUUUUGCCUUUUUCCUUGUUGUUGUGAUCUGGUUUGAUUUGCGGUCUCCGGCUUCGUCGCGUGGGGGGGAUGUUGAAUCUGGGGUAAGACUCGUUUUGAAUGGGAUUUAUGUAGCUGGAUUCUUCAUCACGGUAGGCAUCAAGUCCUUUGUUAUUGGACACUUGUGGUUAUUGGAGACGCUAACGGGAAACUGGAUUUCAGGUCCGAUUGAUCUAUCGAGUGAUCGAAUUCUCCAUGGGUAUGGAUACUUAUACCUGGACCCAUGAAUGGCCGCUGUAUGUCCUUGAGGCGGUACCGAUGUUCAUUGCAAUGAUGGUUCUAGGGUGGUACCAUCCUGCUAGAUGGCUCCCGCAAGGACUUGGUGAGAGGCUAAAGUAGCUUCUGGGUUUUGUGGAAUAUAGAGGGCGGUAAUGCUAGACUCGGCAGAUUU